GAUGGUUGACUAUGUUGAAUCGCCAAGUAUUGGUCCUUCAGGAAAAGCUGAGGUAGUGGGUGAAGAGGGCGGCGUCAAGGGGGGCACGGGAAAGAGCAAUGGAGUGAUUGUUUCGAAGAGGUUUGACGAGGAGAACAUUCAGAAGGCUUUCGGAGGAAGAUUCGAAGGGAAUGGAAGCGGGCUUUCGAUAGCAAGCAACACCUGCGGGAGUGGAAAUCGAAAUGGGAUCCACUCCGACACCUAUUGGGCCCGAGGAAAAGGAGGAAGGGGAAUCUUCUCAGCCGCCAAACACAUCGUCUGAAGCUUCAAUAGAUCUGUUAGCCAGCGAAGCUGGGACCUUAUCCAUCUCCCCCUUAAAUCCGGAAUCGGUUCCUGCGGCCCCUAUGGACUCGUUGAUACCCGGGAACGACGGUGAGGAUUAUAGACCUCCUACACCUUUGAAGGACGAUGCGCUUGCAAAGCGUGAACAGGAUGCUGCUCUUUCUACUCCUCCCCCCCCACCUCCACCAAAAGACGUGCCACCAAAAGAUGUCCCACCAAAGGACGUUCCACCGAAAGAUGUGCCUCCAAAAGAUGUGCCGCCAAAGGAUAGGGUGCAUCUUUUCCCAUCGACUAUGCCCCGGCCCAGCAGGCCUUGUUCGAAAUCGGCAUCACCAUCCCGCAGGGGCUCAUCACAACAGGGAAGAUCGAGUGGAUCUUCCUCCGAGGACGAGGCGGGGGAUAGUACCCGUUCUGAAAUUCAUAAUAUUUUUGAACAAGGUGGUGCCCCGGCCUCUACGGAACAUCUACACCCUAGUUCUUCAGCUUCGCCAACUCUAGCUGAAGCAAUGAUUGGCGCUCGACACCCGCCGAGAACGUCCUCGCUUGAUGGGGCCGAUUACUUGGCCCGCGCUUCAUCCGUCACGCCUAGCCUCUUAGAAAAAGGCAAGUCGGCCUUAUCAAAAGAACCGGAUUCCCAUACUGCACACGCACAUACUGUUCACCAACCACCGCCCCCGGAUGAAGACCUCCCAUUCGACUUUCACAGAUUUUUAUCUCAGUUACGCCAUCGGUCCGCUGACCCGGUGGCAAAAUUCCUUCGCAGCUUUUUAAACGAGUUUGCGAAGAAGCAAUGGAUGGUCCAUGAGCAGGUCAAGAUUGUGUCUGACUUUUUGAAUUUCAUAUACGGAAAAAUGGAGACAUGCGAGGUUUGGCUAAAUGUGGGUGAAGUGGAGAUGGACAAUGCUAGAGAAGGAAUGGAGAAGCUUGUUAUGAACAGGUUGUACACGCAAGCCUUCUCGCCUGAGAUUUCACCGCCUCAGGCAAAUCCUACCCACCAAGAGGACGUUGAGAGAGAUGAAGUCCUGGCACAGAAGGUGCGAAUCUACGGUUGGGUUCGUGAGGAGCAUCUUGACAUUCGGGACGCUAUGGGCAGUUAUAGAGCUCCCAGGGAUAAAGUCAUUUGUGUGCUUAAUUGCUGCAAAGUGAUAUUUGGGUUACUGCGGCAUUCUGGCGGUGACGAGAGUGCGGAUAAGUUUGUACCGCUGCUGAUUUAUGUCGUUCUCAGAGCGAACCCGGCCAACCUGGUGAGCAACGUACAGUAUAUCCUACGAUUCAGGAACCCGGAUAAACUUAAUGGGGAAGCGGGAUACUAUUUGAGUAGCUUGAUGGGAGCAAUUCAGUUCAUAGAAGGACUUGAUCGCUCAAGCCUAACCAUCACAAAUGAGGAGUUUGAGAGAAACGUGGAGGCAGCUGUAGCGCAGAUAGCGGAACGCCCAUUGCCAACAACUACUACUGACGCAUCCAGAGGAGAUGAUGGCGAAAUUGUCAACGAGAAGGGUGACCGCUCCGGCCCAUCGGUAACGCCUAGGGUAUCGUCUGAGCAACCCCGCUUCUCCACCUCCUCGAGGGAGAGCAACGACUCCUCUACCUCCAAUGGUGAUGAUGAAAAACUCGCCGUGGCUGGUCUUCUCCGCAGUAUCCAGCGCCCGCUAACCACCAUUGGGCGAAUGUUCAUAGAUGAACCGACAACCGGCAACGCAACCACAGCCGCUGGAGGACCCGCCCUAACUCCAGCACCGGGAAACACCCCCCGUGGCUCCCCCAGCGCGGAAGACAAAGCCGCAGCCCGCCAGGCAUCCGCGGAGGUGGAACAAGCCCGCAUGAUCCAACGGAGGGAGCACGAGAGUGUGGUCCAGGUGCUACAGAACAUGUUUCCGGACCUGGACAAGGAGAUAAUUGCUGACGUGGUCCGGAUGAAGCAGGGGAGCGUUGGGUCAGCGGUUGACGCUUGUUUGGCGUUGAGUGGUGAUUCUUAGGCCGUCAUCCUUCUAGACCAAGGGAGAGGACGGGGGUCGGGGCAAAAGGCGGCAUUUAGAUAUUCUUGCUAAUUAGUGUUUUGUUAUAUGGGUAUCGGCUGCUCCUUUUUUCCUUCGCUGUUAAUUUUCGGUUUUUUUCGCUUUCGUGUGGUUUUCAUAUUUUGAGGGGUUGGUGCUUGGGUGUAUUUAUGCUAUUUGGGGGUUAUUUCAAUGAAUCAUGUUUGGGUUGUGGAGCAUGGGG